UUUUGUAUUUUGAAGUGUUCUUUCAUCAUUAAAUAAGAUGAACACUUACCACGCUGUGCUUUGGUCCUCUCCUCCUUCCACCUACGAGGAGAAUCGUUACAAUUAUGGAAUGUAAAAUGCCUAUUCCACUUCAGUUGACUCUGGUCUGAUACAGAUCGAACAUAGCUUUGCAAUGGCUGUUAGGAGGACCUUUGAAAAGGAGAGCUGCACACUCUAGCGCAGACUCAGUCAUUUAAUAACCUAAUAUCCAACCUUUCCGACCGACAAGCUGUCUUCAUCAGCGUAUACUGUUAGGAGCACCUUAACACAGAUGGAUCUAUUAAUCUCUGACCGUACCUCAUUGAAAAGAUGGACACCCUGACCCUGGAGCUUGUGGCAGAGCGCAGCAUGACCCAGAAGAGUGAGAAUGCGCACCAGCAGCUGGAGAGGCAGAACAAGGACUUGCGGGCCAAGCUGGGCGAGCUGGAGGGCUCUGUGAAGAGCCGGUUCAAGGCCUCCAUCACCGCCCUGGAGGCCAAGAUACUGCAGCUGGAGGAGCAGCUGGAGCAGGAGGCUAAGGAGCGAGCAGCGGCCAAUAAGCUUGUGAGACGGACAGCGAAGAAGCUGAAGGAGGUGUGCAUGCAGGUGGAGGACGAGCGCCGCCAUUCCGACCAGUACAAGGAACAGCUGGGUCAGAUGGAGAAGGCCAACUCUCGCAUGAAGCAGCUGAAGAGGCAGCUUGAGGAGGCUGAGGAGGAGGCCACACGUGCCAACGCCUACCGCAGGAAUCUGCAGAGGGAGCUGGACGAUGCCACUGAGGCCAGCGAGGGUCUCAGCCAUGAGGUCAACACACUCAAGAGUCGCCUCAGGCGUGGAGGCCCCAUCAGUUUCUCCUCCAGCCGCUCAGGCAGGCGUCAGCUGCAGGUGGAGGGAACAUCGCUCGACCUCCUAUCCGACGAUGAGGUGGAAAACAAGACCACGGACGCCAAUGCCAACGAGACGCCAGCAGCUCCCCAACCAGAGUAG